AUGACUGUCAAGAACGCGUUGAACUCAAGUUCUUCAUCGCCUUACCCGAUUCCUCAAGGCGUUUCCGUCAUUCCUCUUGAUCAACUCGACCUCCGACCCGAUGCUGAAGUUGACAAUACCAUCAAGUCCCCCCCGCCUGUCACUUCAGCCAAGAAUCUUUGGUUCUUCUGGAACUCAGGAUACGACAACUUGCACCCUUAUGCCAAGCGAAAUGUCCGCACGUGGCACCGUCGUUUCUCUAAGAAGGGGUGGACGGUCAGAGUCAUGGAUCUAGAACCGGAUUCGCCCAGUUAUAUCGGCAACUGGAUUGACGUGGAAGACGCCAACAACGUACCCAAGGCUUUCAUCGAAGGCACAUUGGACGGAGAGUUUGCGAAGCAACAUUACUCCGAUCUUGUGCGUUUUCCUCUCCUCCUGAAGUAUGGUGGCGUGUACACAGAUGUUGGCUAUAUGCAAAUUGGCGACCUCGACAAGCUAUGGGACGAGACAAUUGCCAACGAGGACAGCCCCUACGAGGUGCUAUCAUAUAACGCUGGUGGUCCCCGCGACUACAGUCUAAUGAACUAUUUCAUCGGCAGUCUCCCAGGGAAUGCGUUUUGGCAAGCAUGCCAUGACCUUCUGUUGAAGUUAUGGGAAGGCCGAACGAAUACGGAAGGCACUCACAAACAUCCUCUGCUGAAAGGGUUACCGUUGAUGGGAGAGACAUUCGCCGAGGCAGGACGUGCGAGUAUCAGCGAGAAGCUGACGGAUUACAUCCUUCAAGGCCAGGCAAUCACGAUGGUCAUGCGCACUAUCGACGAAGAGAGAGGUUGGAACGGCCCAAAAUACGUCACUGAGAAGAUCUUUGCACCAGAGUACAUGGUCGGCAGCCAACUGAUCAACGAGUACACGAAGUGGAAUGGUGUUCAGGCCUAUGGUCUAAUGAGUCAAAAGAUACCAGAGCUCGGACAGCCAGAAACAGAUGAUCAAAAGCUGGCAAGAGAGAUUGUUGAAAACUGUUUUUCGAGAAGCUUUGGAUUCAAGCUGGCUCACGGGCUGAUCGUACAGGUAUUGGGACCUACGCUGGGAAGUCUCUGGAGGAAGCACGAGGGGAGUGAUGCCGUGGAAGGAACGUAUGCUCAUUGGCUAAGGCAUGGCAUGGAGCGUUGGAAUCCAGGUCAUUUACCUGAGAGAGAAGCCUAUGAAGAGCUGGAACCAGUCAAGAGAGGGUCUUUAGUUCUAGAGAUGUAG